CUGUUUCCCGCGCGGUGCCCCGCCCUGUGAUGUAUCGCUUAGUUCAGCUGACAUAAGGCCCAGGGCCCUGCACAGUCAAGGUCUCGGUUGUGGACUUGGGAGGCUCCGUCGCCUUCUUCUGGAGUGAGGAGCUCUGCACAGUGGAAACCUUGGCGGGAGAACCUUCCAGGGUAAGAAUAAGACAAGUGCUAAGAUGAGUGUCAAGGUGGAUUUGGAAACAAACUUUGCUGAAUGUGUCUUAAAUGCAGGAAAAGUCAUCCUUGGGAAUAAGCAAAGGAACGAAAUGAACCCUCAAUUGCAGAAGAAACAGAAUAAAAUCAUCAUGAAUGCAAUAUGUGCUCUGCUGAAUUCUGGUGGUGGAGUUGUCAAGGCUGAGAUUGAGAACAAAGACUACAAUUAUGAAAUCCAUGGAGUAGGACUGAAAAUGCCUUCAAUUUUUAAAGGCUAUUUAGAUGAGAUGCAGCAGGGAGACCUCUUUUUGAUUUUUGUGAGGUCGUGGAACGCCGAGGCCUCUGGCGUACGACUGGCAAGCUUGUCCUCCAAUUUGUACCACAGAUACAGAACAUCGAAUGAUGUCAUGAAUUCUCAGGAAGCGCUGGCAUUCCUCAAAGGGAGAUCUCAGACUCUUGUGAAUACUAAUGAUUCCAAUUCGUUAAGUCCCCAGAAAGUUCAGGUUGGUGUACAAAAUGAUGGUAACAUAAGGGCCUCAGCUGCUGCUUUAUUUGCUAGAACUCGCCUUCAGUUCCUAGAAAAGCUCAACUUUACCAAGUCCCUCCACGUUGAAUUUAAAAUGUUCUCAACAGAGGUGUCCCAGUGCUUUGAUGAGAGUCUCCCCAGUUGUGUUUCUGCAUUUGCAAACACCGAAGGAGGGUAUAUAUUUUUUGGUGUGCAUGAUGAGACCAGUCAAGUCGUUGGAUGUGAAAAGGAGAAAAUAGAUCUUGCCACCUUGAGUCAGUCUAUUGAUAACUGUAUUAGGAAGCUACCUGUCCAUCAUUUCUGUACACAGAGGCGUGAGAUAAAAUAUGCUGUCAAAUUCCUUCAAGUGCACAAUCAAGGGGUCCUCCAUGGAUAUGUCUGUGCAGUCAAGGUGGAACAAUUUUGUUGUGCAGUGUUUGCCAAAGUGCCAAGCUCCUGGCAGGUGAAGGACAAUCGCGUGAAACGGCUGGCUACAAAGGAAUGGAUAGCUUGGAUGAUGGAAGCUGACCCAGAUCUUUCCAGAUUUUCUGAGAUGGUCCUUGCACUGAGUUUGUCAUCUACCACACCCCGUAGCCGGACUGUAUGCACUCAUAAGAAUUUUGAAUGUCUGAAAGAACAGCAAAAACGUUACUUUCCAGUAAUAUCAGACAGAGUGGUGUAUACUCCAGAAAAUCUCUACAAGGAACUGUUCUCAAAACAUAAAGGACUCAGAGACUUAAUAAAUAAGGAAAUGCGCCCUUUCUCUCAAGGAAUAUUGAUUUUUUCUCGAAGCUGGGCUGUGGACUUGGGUCUGCCAGAGAAGAAGGGGGUAAUCUGUGAUGCUCUUCUGCUUUCCCAGAACAACAUCCCACUCCUUUACACCAUCCUCAGUGAGUGCGACGCAAGCUGGAAGGACAAUUAUACGAUAGUCGCCCGCACCUUAAAGCAGAAGCUGGUGAACACAGGUGGCUAUACUGGGAAAUUGUGCAUCACCCCCUUGGUCUUCCUGCUGAAUCCUGAUAGAACAGCAAAGACUCUUCAUGGUUCAGAUUUGCAAAUUUACCCCGAGUCCUAUAACCUUAAAACCACCCAGCACAUGGAAGCUCUGUUACAGUCCCUUGUGAUAGUCUUGCUUGGGUUCCGAUCUUUCUUAAGUGAAGAGCUGGGCUCUGAGGUUUUGAACAUACUCACAGAUAAACAGUAUGAGUUGCUGUCAAAGAACAUUCGCAUAACCAGAGAGCUGUUUGUUCAUGGCUUACCUGGAUCAGGGAAGACCAUCGUGGCUCUUAGGAUAAUGGAAAAGAUCAGGAAUGUGUUUCACUGUCAACCAAGUGACAUUCUUUACAUCUGUGAAAAUCAGCCCCUGAGGAAGUUUGUGAGCAAGAAAAACAUCUGCCAGGCAGUGACCCGGAAAACCUUCAUGAAAAAUGACUUUCAAAAGAUUCAGCACAUCAUCAUUGAUGAAGCUCAGAAUUUCCGCACUGAAGACGGAGACUGGUAUGGGAAGGCAAGAAACAUCACUCAGAGAGAAAACGAUUGCCUGGGAAUUCUCUGGAUCUUUCUGGACUACUUUCAGACCAGCCACUUGAGCCACAAUGGCCUCCCUGCUCUUGCAGCCCAGUAUCCAAGAGAAGAGCUCACCAGAGUGGUCCGCAAUGCAGAUCCAAUAGCCAACUACCUACAAGAAGUAAUGCAAGAGGUCAAAGGAAAACCUCCACCUAACAUCCCCCUGGGGUCCCUAGAGAUGAUUCAUAAAGCUAAAUGGGCUCAGGGCAUUCCAGGAAACUUCGAGAUUAUGGAGUACUCAGACUUGGAAGAGAUGGUUGUCCAAGUAGCAGAGAAAUGUCAGUUUCUCUUUAGGAAUGGUUAUUCUCCCAAGGACAUUGCCGUGCUUUUCAGCAAAGCAAGCGAAGUGGAAAAAUAUAAAGAUAAGCUUCUAAGAGCAAUGAGGAAAAGAAAACUAUCUCAGCUCAAUGAGGAAUCUGAUCUGUUAGUACAGAUCAAGGAUGCAUCAGAUAUCACGGCCAAUCACAUUGUGUUGGAUAGUGUCCGACGAUUUUCAGGCCUGGAAAGAAACAUCGUGUUUGGGUUCAAUCCAACAGCUGCUGAGCCAGCUGUUUUCCACAAUCUUCUGCUCUGUCUGGCUUCCAGGGCAAAGAAACAUCUCUAUAUUCUAAAGGUUUCUAUUUGACAGGAAGCUCCCAGUCUAAGAAACAAUUAGGUAGCUCUCAUCUGAAGUUAACCAUGAAACUAUGUGACAUAAACAUUUAAUCAUCAAUUAUAUAAUGAGCACUCACUCUGAGCCAUAUAUUCUUCUAGGUGCUGGGGCGGGGGUGGGUUAGGGAUAGGGUAGCAAAUAAGAUAGACAAGAUUCCUUCUUUGGGGCAGAGGCAAGUCACAGACAAGUAAACAAAUACAAGUACAAGAAUUUCAGAGAGUUAAAAGGGACAUCAGAGUAGUAAUCAGAGGGGCCUGAGAUACAGAGACUGUGUGUGUGUGUGUGUGUGUGUGUGUGUGUGUGUGUGUGUGUGUGUGUUUUGGUUAUUCAGGGUGGUUGGGGAAGUGCUUAGUGAAGGAAGAAGUCACGAGAGGAUCUUUGAGCCAUAUGUGCCAGGCAGACUGAUAUUUUCACUAUUUUUUUUCAACAUUUUCACUCUUUUUAAUACAGUACUGCACAGAAAUCUUGAGUAUGAUGUGCUGGGAGAGUAUGAAGGGUGAAGAGGGAUCAUGUGUCUUUCCUUUUAUGAGCCAGGAAUGGUUGUACGAUAUUUCAAAAUGUAAGAUCAGAAGGUACAACUUGUAAUUUCUUCCAGAACCAUAUUUAAUUAUUCUUUUCCAUUUUAUGGUGUGAGUAAUUCUGAUCGCUAUCUUUUAAAAUACUUUAUGCAUGUCUUUUGGUUAUCUGGAAUCUCAGCUCUUUAGGUCUGCUUUAGUACUAUUCCUAUGGAGAAUCUCGGUCAUGGCAUGAAGGUAAAAUUUCCACAAUUCCCCAGGGAGACACAUUGUGUUUUAUUUAUUAAGUUGUUUUUUUUUUAAAAGGGUCCCUAAGAAGAGAAAUGUACUGGACUCAAAAGUUACAUUUUGCUUUUCAUUUAAUUUAAUAGCCAAUGAAAUGAUAAAGUAAAUCAAACAUCUUUGUUCCGCUGAGCCUUUAGGAUUUUAGCUAGUUUCUCGAAGGCUAUUGCUAUAGAAGAAUUUGGGAAGUCCAUAAAUUUAAUAAAACAAGAGUUUGAAGACAAAAUGACAAAGCAGCCAAAAGAGAUGAAGUGGGAUCUUGCUAAGGAAACAGAUUGUGGGGAUGCCUGGGUGACUUAAUUGGUUAAGCAUCUGCCUUUGGCUCUGGUCAUGAUCCCGGAGUCCUGAGAUGGAGCCCCACAUCGGGCUCCCUGCCAAGUGGGGAGUCUGCUUGUCCCUCUG